AUUUAAAGUGACAGCAGACAUCGUUGCGAGUUCUCCUCUCUCUCUACAAAAAGUUCGGAGGGAGAUCCCAUCGACUUUGAAACCGGACGUUCCUCAUACGUUGUUUCAUUGCUUGUUUGAGUCAAACACUAUCUCUGAUCGUAGAUUGUACCGAGGGGAGAAUGGCGUUUAGCGGCACCACACAGAAAUGCAAAGCCUGUGAUAAGGUUGUUCAUUUCAUCGAGUCGUUGGCAGCUGAUGGAGUCACUUACCACAAGACUUGCUUCAAAUGCAGUCAUUGCAACGGGCGCCUCGCGAUGAGUAGCUACACCUCCAAGGAUGGAAUUCUGUACUGCAAGCCACAUUUUGAACAACUCUUCAAGGAGACUGGCAAUUUCUCUACAAAAACCCAAUCCUCUGCAAGACCAAAUGACCUGUCUAGGACACCUAGCAAACUCUCCUCCUUCUUCUCGGGCACCCAAGAAAAAUGCAGGGCAUGCACCAAAACCGUGUACCCCCUUGAAAAGGUGACAGUGGAGGGAGAUUUUUACCACAAGUUGUGCUUCAAGUGCGCCCAUGGAGGCUGCAAAUUGUCACCGUCGUCAUACGCUGCGCUCGACGGAUUCAUCUAUUGCAAGCCCCACUUUGCUCAGUUGUUCAAGCAGAAGGGAAGCUACAAUCACCUCACCAAAACUGCUUCCAUUAAGAAAAAUGCAACUGCAGCGGUAUUUCCAGAACCAGGGCCAGAUGAUGAAGCCAAAUCAGAGAUACAGACCCAAUAACAAUCGUUAAAUGAGUCCUGGGUGUUCCAUAAAUUUCUUUUGUUGUUGUCGUACUUGUGAAUUGGGAAGGAGGUUGAAUUUGAAUUCGGUUUUGAUUUUGGAAGUUGGAAGGAUGUUGUGGGUUUGUUUUAGUGUAUUAUAUAAAGGGAUACGAGACAAUGGAAAUUUUGAUCUUCUCCUUUUGUAAUC